AUAUUUGAUAUUUGAGAGUUGAUACAAAACCAUAACCAUAAGCAUUUAGAUAAAAGAGAGAAAGAUAAGGAAAAGACAAGGAUGAGCACACGCAGAUACAACCACAACGCAACGCAAAGCCCACCGCCAUCAUCACCAUUUUAACAUUACCAACAUUUACAUUCCAUUUUUCUCUGUUAUCACUACCAAAGAAAAACCUCCACCUAAUCGCUCUUCUUCUCAUCUUAACUAUCAGUUUCCGCUUCUCAUCGGUAUGUGUGCGUACGUUUACUCAACAGCGAGGGGAAGAUCCGACCGCGAUCGCUCCUCUUUUCUUUAAUCGGGCUGCUUGCGUGCUUGUUUUCGGCCCCGAUCCUUAUGCUUUUUGCUGUUUCCGGGGAUCGAUCUCAGAAGAUCUUAAGGGAUCUGGGGCCACGCCUUUUUUAUUUUUUCAACAAAUUCUUAUUGCUUAAUUAAAAAAAAAAAAAAAAAAGAUCUGAAGGGAUUUUGCCAUUAAGGUGAACUGAGUUGAAUGUGAUUUGCAUGGGGUGAGGAUGCCAGAGUUGAGAAGUGGAGCCCGGAGAUCAAAGCGGGUUGAUGAUCUUUACCCUACCCCACAACCAAUCGACCAAGGAGAAAAUUGGUUACUGCCUGCUCAAAACAGGACCAGAAGGAGAGUUGGUGCUGGAAGAGGACGGGGUGGUGGUAAUGCCGCAGCUGUAGCAAAAGGGACUUCACCGGCAAUACCAACUAGGCCAACUGCAGCAGGUAGAGGCCGGGGCAUUAGAUUGAUAGAUUUAGAUCCAGAACCCUGUGAGGUUCUUCCUGAAGCUGUUGCUUUAAGAGUGGCAGCAGAACCCCUUAUUAAUCAAGUGGAGGUAGUGGCAGAUAUAGGUGUCGGAAUGGAGGGCGGAAGCGCUGAGAAAGUAAAUGGGGUCGAGGAGGAAGCAAGCACAACUCCUGUUCCUGAAAGGGUAAAAGUAGGUAAUUCUCCUGUAUAUAAGAUAGAAAAGAAGCUGGGUAAGGGUGGUUUUGGCCAAGUCUAUGUUGGCAGAAAGGUAAGUGGUGGCACCGAUGCUGAUGCGAUUGAGGUCGCAUUGAAGUUUGAGCACCGAAAUAGUAAAGGUUGCAAUUAUGGUCCUCCUUAUGAGUGGCAAGUGUAUAAUACUCUAAAUGGAUGUUAUGGAAUUCCUUGGGUUCAUUACAAGGGCCGCCAAGGAGAGUUUUACAUUCUGGUCAUGGACAUACUUGGGCCAAGUCUGUGGGAUGUUUGGAAUUCUCUUGGGCAAUCGAUGUCACCAAAUAUGGCUGCUUGCAUCGCGGUGGAGGCAAUAUCAAUUCUUGAGAAGCUUCACUUGAAGGGGUUUGUGCAUGGAGAUGUGAAGCCAGAGAACUUCUUACUUGGUCAGCCUGGAACACCUGAUGAGAAGAAGCUAUAUCUUAUAGAUCUUGGUUUGGCAUCCAGAUGGAAAGAUGCAUCAUCUGGUCAACAUGUUGAAUAUGAUCAGAGGCCUGACAUAUUCAGGGGAACAAUAAGGUAUGCAAGUGUACAUGCACAUUUGGGUCGGACAGGGAGUCGAAGGGAUGAUCUCGAAUCAUUAGCUUACACAUUGAUAUUUCUCAUAAAAGGAAGGUUGCCUUGGCAGGGAUAUCAGGGAGAUAACAAAAGUUUUCUUGUUUGUAAGAAAAAGAUGGGGAUUUCUCCAGAGUUAAUGUGCUGCUUUUGUCCGGCCCCUUUCAAGCAGUUCCUUGAAGCUGUUACUGAGAUGAAAUUUGACGAGGAGCCAAAUUAUUCGAAGCUGAUAUCGCUUUUUGAUAGCCUGAUUGAACCAUGCACACAAUUAAGACCAAUAAGAAUUGAUGGAGCUCUUAAGGUUGGGCAAAAGCGUGGGAGAUUGCUUAUAAAUUUGGAAGAAGAUGAGCAACCAAAGAAAAAAGUGCGAUUAGGAAGUCCUGCUACCCAGUGGAUUUCAGUGUAUAAUGCACGUCGCCCCAUGAAGCAGAGAUAUCACUACAAUGUAGCAGAUACAAGGCUGCGUCAGCACAUAGACAAGGGUAAUGAAGAUGGAUUACAUAUCAGCUGUGUGGCCUCAGCAGCAAAUCUCUGGGCCCUAAUAAUGGAUGCUGGAACGGGUUUCUCUGCCCAGGUGUACGAGUUGUCAGCAGUAUUCCUGCAUAAGGACUGGAUUAUGGAACAAUGGGAAAAGAAUUUCUAUAUCAGUUCAAUAGCUGGUGCAACUAAUGGGGGUUCCUUGGUUGUUAUGUCCAAAGGAACUCCUUAUACUCAGCAAUCUUACAAAGUUAGUGAAUCUUUUCCUUUCAAGUGGAUAAAUAAGAAGUGGAAAGAAGGUUUCCAUGUUACAUCCAUGACAACUGCUGGCUGCCGCUGGGGUGUUGUAAUGUCUAGGAAUGCUGGGUUUUCUGAUCAGGUUGUGGAGCUUGAUUUUUUGUAUCCAAGUGAGGGAAUUCAUCGGCGAUGGGAAAGUGGUUAUAGGAUAACAUCAAUGGCUGCUACUGCUGAUCAAGCAGCCUUUAUACUGAGCAUACCAAAGCGUAAAUUGGCGGAUGAAACUCAAGAAACUCUGCGCACCUCAGCUUUCCCAAGCACCCAUGUAAAGGAGAAAUGGUCGAAAAAUCUCUACAUAGCUUCAAUAUGUUAUGGCCGGACUGUUUGCUAAUUCAUGGAGUGUAUCUUUUGCUACAUGACUCCGAAGAAGACGCGAGUCAAUUUUGAAGGCUGAGAGGGUUUUCCUGAGGCUUGAUUUGGGGAUAGGUGGGUUAGCUUACUCAUACAGGUGAGAGAAAAUUGAGGCUUCCCAUAUAUGAAUGUAAAGAUGAAAAAGGUCAAAGAAAAGAAUCGAGUUGGAAAGCAAUGUACCCUUAACCAACUCGAGCUAAUGGGAGUAACAGGUGUGUUAAAAACAUAAAUACAGUGGUAGUAACCUGCCAAAUUGCAGCCAAAGUUGUGUUUUAUAAUGGCCAAUGUGCUUUAAAUUAUUUUCAAUGGAAAACAAAUCCUAUAAGUUUGAUUGCA